GGGAGCCUAAAUGCCUUGCACUGCGUUUGUUCUGGGGAAUCCUUUGGUUAUGCAGAAGUAGGCAAGUAUGGCAACGGAGGAUGAGACGAGAAAUCAUGAAAGCGAGGGAGGACCAGGCUUAGGAGGCAGUGUUGAGCAAAGCAAGGAAGGGCAGAAGUACAGGGAAUCAACAAAUCCGGAUGGCACAAAAGGGAACCGGAAGGAAAUGUCCUCGGGAGAGAGCUCGGGAAAAGCCGGGGGAAGCAGACAGGGGACCCAGGAAAACAAGGAGGGCAGGAAUAAGGAUAGGGCAAGCCCCGGGAACUCGGAGGGAGCUCUGUCUAAGAAAGUAAGGGUCACAAACGCGAGGCGCAAACUAGCAGAGAUAGAGAAAAGGACCGCGGAAUACAAGGCAAGGUUAAUUGAGGAAAUGAUGAUUGGGAACGAGGAAGGCCCUCUGCAGGAGGUACCGCGGGACAAACGGAAAACCAGCCGGGGUGGAACUGGGCAAGGGGACAAGGGUAGUGACCGUGGGGGAACGCCGAGCAAAAGAAGGAAAGAGAGAGAGAACUCUCCAGGAAUGGAGGCAGAGAAGGCGACGAACCCUUUAGCCAUAGACAGUAGGGUUAGCUGUCUGCUGGUCUCGCCAGCGGUAUCGCGAGGAUGCGAAGGGCUCUGGAGCCUCAGAGAAAGGGUGUUGGGAUGGUUCGACCCGGAAGGAACGGCAAAGACUAGAGGGGGGCAGGAAGCCAGCAAGGAAGGGCCAGAUACCAGCAUGGCAUGCGAGGCCAGCAGCUCCGAAGGCGGCCUUAGGAAGAUAGUAUCAUCCCUUGCACGAGCACUGAACAAGAACCAAGGCUAUCUAGCAUACGCCAAGAAAAAGAUAACUUUCGAUGGAGCAAACAUCACGGAAUUCCUGAUCGACUACGAGAACCUAGCUGCGUUACUAAAGUGGACCGAGGAGGAAAAGAUGGACCAUCUAGGGCAGCAUGUGUCGUUAAGCUUAGGACGGGACAUAAUGGCCAUUGUAGCCGCGAACCGGUCUUGGAAGGAGACCCGGGAUGUGAUGAUGAGGAAGUACCUAGCGGCAGAAAAAAUGGCAACGGAGGUCGACCUAGCGGCAGUUCAGAGGAAGAACUUCGCAACGUACAAUGAUUUCCUACGGGAAUUUACUCUAGUAGCACUAAGGAUCCCCGGGGUCACGGACCAGAUAAUGAGCAAAUAUUUCCUCAGGCAGUUCUCCGAAUUCGACAAAGACAAGAUCCUGUCAGCUUACCAACAGACGAGCAAGUUCGUAAACACGCGGGAUGUUGAUUUUAGCACGGUAACGGAUCUGGCUGAGAAAACGGUAGUAACAGAAACGUUGGCCUUGCUGAAGGAAGGGGAGAUCAUAGACUUGACCAGUAGGACGGGCGACAAGGCAGGGCUUGAGGCCGAGGAACCGGAAAAGGUCUAUGGGAAACCUAGGGAAGAGGAGCCUACAGACAAAGUUACCGCUGCCAAGAAGAAGUUUAGGUACCAAAUCCCGAUCUUAUCCAUGUCUGAGAUCGACGACACCCUUGGCAAACUGCUAGGAACCAUGGUGUCGGUGUCGUUUCAGACGAUGUUGCAGGCCAGCCCCAGGUUGCUUAAAGGGCUUAGGCAACUGUUGACUCGGCGAUGGGUAGAGAUAGACGAGAACCCCGAAUUACCGGAAGAGGAAAGGGAGGAGGAACCUCCACAAGAAGUCGCUAACCUCCAAAGGAGUCGCGGGGAUCUGGAAGAUCUCGAGAAGGCUUUGGCAGACGUCCGCCUAAGCCUACCAGACAGGGAAGGUGGCGAGGUCAUGAGGGCACCUCCUGGGACAAAGCUCAGUUUUCAUGCGCUACCCGUAGGAAAACUGAAGGUUCAGAUUGGGACUCGUCAUACCGACGCAUUGGUAGACGGGGGAACAGAAAUUACUCUCAUAAGGAAAGAUUUCGCAACAGUCACGGGUUGCACGGUAAAUAAGGAAGUAACAGGGAGCAUCCGGGGAGCCGGUGGGGAAAUCCCGUUCGCUGGGUAUGUCACGAAAUGCGCAGUCAAAGCAGGAGUCAGGGAGUCAAUCUGGUCAUUUCAACGGAUGACCAUAAUGGAGGAAAUGGACCACGAUAUAAUCCUCGGGAGACCAUGGUGCGCAAACGUGGAAAUGAUAGGCAUGCACUUGCACGACGGCACGUACAUGGUAGACAUAGAGGACCCAGUGACCGGCCGGGGAGAGCUCCUCCGAUUUCUGGGGACAGGAGGGGACCCUCCAAAGGAAAAAAUGGCCACGUGGUCACCUUCGUUCGAAGAUAGCGCACGAAAAGGGGCUUUCACGCGGAUGGAAGUAUUCAGCCACGAGUCGAAGAAGCAACGAGGGCAAUCCCGACCGUUCAUUUUUAGGAAAAAGAUCCCGAAAGGAAGUGUUCGAAAGUACAAGCCGGUAGGGAAGAAAGCAAAGCCGGUCUCGAUCCUGCUUGAGACAUCAAAGGAAGAGGCCAUGGAAAAGGAGGAGGAAGUUCUGCAGGUGAUCCGGGAAAGGAGGGCAACUGAAGGGCAUCGAAUACCGGAUGAGGUAGUCGACACGAUGAAGAUAGGGAUAAACGGGUUCUUAACAGAAGAAGAAAACCGCCUGAUCAAGAAGACCUGCCAGGAGUUUCAUUUGGCAUUUGCCUUCAGUGACCAUCAGAAGGGGCGGUUGGACGCAAAAUUGAUCCCUCCGGUCAGAAUCCACACGGUAGAGCACGAAUGCUGGAAUGACAAGGGACCGUCAUAUGAAUUCGGAAUAGCGGGGGAAGUGACAGACCUCCUUCGAGCAAAGAUGGACUCCUUCGUCGCGGAACCUACGACGUCGCCAUAUGCAAACCGGUGGUUCGUCUUUCGAAAUCCCAAUAAAACGUUAAGGUGGAUUCAGGAUUUGCAGAAGAUGAAUGCAGUGACCAUCCGGGAUGCUGGCUCGCUACCCCAGGCCGAUCUAUUUGCGGAAUCGCACGUCGGACGAAGCAUUUACUCCCUAAUAGAUCUGUACUCGGGAUAUGACCAGCUUCCAUUGGAUAUCCGGGACAGGCCGUACACCUCAAUGCACACCCCGGUAGGCCAGUUGCAGAUGCAGGUGACCCCUAUGGGCUUUACUAACGCGGUAGCCGAAGCGCAACGAAGAAUGCUAGUCGUAGUCGGGGACAUGUUCCCAGAAAAGUGUGAACCCUAUAUCGACGACAAUCCAAUCAAAGGCGCGCAGGAGAAGGACGAGACAAAAGUCCAACCAGGAAUCCGAAAGUUUGUAUGGGACAAUCUACAAGACAUUAAGGACUUGCUCUGCCGGUUCCUAGUAUACAACAUCACGGCUAGUGGACAAAAGAGUAUUCUAGCAGUACAAGAAGUAACCAUACUAGGAUUUUGCUGAGGUGCUUACAGUAGGAAGCCAGAUCCGACGAAAACGGACAAGA